AUGGGUGCUAGAAACAGGAAGGUUGUUCUCUUUAUGGACAAGUGUCCUGCUCAUCCAACAAACUUGGGAUUUCUGCAGAAUGUGAAAGUGCAUUUCUUUCCUGCACAUUGCACAAGCAGACUCCAGCCCAUGGUUCUAGGGAUUAUUCAUAGCCUGAAAAGCAAGUAUCAGAAAGCUCUUGUCCUUAAGGCACUUGCCUUUAUUGGUAGGAAUGAAGUGCUUAAACUGAACAUCCUACAAGCAAUGCAUUUCCUCACAGGAGCUUGGAAAAUGGCAACAAAGGAAACCAUCUCAAAUUGCUUUCAUAAGGUUGGAUUUAAUGUAAUGAGCUCUCAUGACAAAGACGGUGACGAAGUAGUAGUGGACAUGCAUGAUUGGGUGCAGGUAUCUAACAACUUCCCCAUCACUUUUAAUGAAUUUGUGGCUUGUGAUGAUAAUUCCAUCACUACAUGCAUCCAAGUUGUUGAGGAAAUCUGCAAAGAUGAAGUAAAGCAGAAUGAUGAAGGUAUUGAAGAAGACAAUGUUAGGGAUGAAGAAAUGCAAACACCAUCAUUCAGUGAAGCGAUUGCCAGCAUAGACAUUGUCCGGAGAGUUGUCACAGCAUUUAAAGUGGACUGCCAUUGUUGA